UGUCUGCGCUGAUCACGGUACGUUAAAAUUGUCUGUAAGCAUAUCCUCAAACUCAUGAGGCCGCUCUGUCUCUGAGUUUGGUCUACAGGUACCAGUGCUUGGAACACAUUUGUGUGUGACAAUCAGACGUCUAGAGGAUGGAAAACAUUAAAGAUAUUAUUCCUGAUUAUUAUGAUGGAGACUGUCUGUGCCCUAAAAGUGGUGCAAAGCUGUCCUCUCUCUUUGGUCUGGACCAGGCAGAGAGUCAGGGAAAUGAGUCCUUCCAAUUCACUGCCCCCAAACAGCCAAAAAAGACCUGCACCACAUUAGGUCCACCUGCUCAGAAAACCACCCUUCCUCCAUGCGCUCCAGCUGUGCUUUUUGCCACACCUGUCCAUGUGUUUAUCUUUUUGAAUGGACAAUAUGUGAAGCGAGGCAAGAUGGGAGCUGCUGUUUUAGGGAACCAUGUGACCAAAGAGUACAAGAUUCUGCUGUAUGGCAGUAAGCAAAAGCAGAUCACUACAGCUAGAAUUCAUCGUGGAUUUGUCCUCACAGUUCAGCCCUUUAACUAUGUCACUUUCUAUGAUGAUCAGCAACAGAACUGGUCUCUGAUGUUUGACUCAGAAAAGUCCAGGUCUGAAUUCUGUAAGGAGGUGUGCAUAGCCAGAUGGAACAGUGAGUCUUUAGCAGACUCUCUGGUCACUCAAGACCUGGUUCAUGGAGAGGGUCCAGCUAUUGAUGUUGGGGACACAGUGGAAGUGGCCUUUACUGGAUGGCUUUUUCAGAACCAUUCUCUAAGACAGAUAUUCGAUUCCAAUCUUGGGAAAGAAAAGCUGCAGCGAGUAAAGCUUGGAGCAGGCAAAGCUCUAAAGGGAUGGGAAGAGGGGAUGCUUGGUAUGCAGAAAGGAGGUCGGCGUCUCCUCAUGGUACCUCCUAGCAUGGGUUAUGGAUCAAAAGGUAUCCCUAAUUGUGUGCCACCCACCAGCACUCUGGUCUUUGAUGUAGGGAUCUGUCGGGUAAAAUUCUCCAAAGACCGACACAGUGGGAAAUUAGUUUACUCCUUUAGUUCAUCUCCAGGCCCCAGUCCAGACACUCUUACUGAAGAGCUCACCACCCAUUUGGUCACAACUGACACAAAUACGUUGGGAGACCAAACUCCUAAGGGGAAGGUGGAAUCUAUAAGUGAAUGCCUAAAGUGUCCAGGCACAAUCAAAGCCGAGCUAAUAUCACGUAUUGCCAAGAUGGGUCAACCCAUGCUUCCAUUUCUCGCUGGGGCCAUUCCAGCUCAGUCUGACCGCAGGGACUCAGAAACAGAGGAUGCCAUUGAUUCUGGACGGAUUUAUGAUUCUUAUCUUUCUCAUUCACCCUCCCCAAAACCUGUCCAAAUGUCCUGCAGUCCUCCAUCUUUGUCAUGCCAGAAACAGGAAGGAGUGGAUGCAGCCAUACCACUACAACCUGAGACCAACACUACUCACAGCUUCAAGCUAAAUCCAUUUACCUCAAUCUACACAUCCCAGCAUGUUCCGUACCAAACGCCUGAUAUCACAGCAUACUUGAUGUCUGACUCUCGCCAACAAAACACAGAAAUUCUGCUUGCUAUUGAGAAAGUGGCAUGCAGAGUGGACCAACUGACGUGCAAGGUGGAUGAGUUGUAUAAAGAGGGCUGCUUUUCUUUCGGACUCUCCUCUGUGACCUUAGAAACAAACGUGAUCCUGCACAACAUUCAGAGAAUCAUACAGGAAAGUAUGUGUCUGAAGAAGGAUGUUCUGGAGAAAAGUUCUCAGUUAGAGGAUCAAAACCACAAAAUUGGGGAGCUAAUUGAACAGAAUCAGAGGGAGCAGAGCAGUCAGAUGUUUUAUCAGAGGAGUGAAGCUCUACAGCGCAGCACUAAGCACAACCAGACUCGUCCUCUUCAGACUGAACAGGUGAAGGCUCAUUUAGUUGGAGAAUUACCAUCCUCCAUCACACAAGCAUGUGAGUCGCAGCAGGAGGUGGUUAAUCUCCAGCAGAGGGUGACAGCACUUCAGACUGAACUCAGUGCAGCGCUGAAUGACAACUACAAGCACUGUGCUCAGAUCAGCCUUCUGGAGGCCCAUGUGGAAGAGUUUCUAAAGAAGGAAGAACAGUCUGAGCAGCAGUGGAAAGCGGAGAAACAGAAGUGCAAAAAGAUGGAACUGAUCAUACAAAACAUGGAUGACGAGAUACAAGAUCUGAAAGCUCAAAAGGAGAAUCUGGAUCAGAUCCUGUCAGACAGGAAGAGGAAGUGGCAGGUAGAACAGGAGCGCAUGUUGUUGGAGCUGGAAGAACAGUACAGGAGUAGUCAGCAGGAGAUCCUGCGGCUCCUCAUGCAACUCAGAAAAGCCAGAGACACCACUGAACCAAACAUUAAGCAGUUUGAGGAUCUAAAAACGGCAUCACCAAAUGAGAAACAGCAUCUUGAGACACAUUUGUCUAUGGAGGUAAAGCGAGUCUUGAAUGGAAUGUUCCGUUCUCUCAGGACAAGAGUUUCAUAUGCAGGAGUCUUACACUGGACGCAAAGUACUUGAGGUUCUUCUCAACACCAUCAAGAGUGUCACAAUGCAACUCCUCUCAGAACCCUGGGAGCUUGAAUCAGACAUAGAUGAAGUUAUGUUAGAGGAAGAGUAUCUAUCUACUGAAGAAGGGGUUUCAACUGGAGGGAAUGCAGAAGGGAAAAAAUGAAAAAGAAAAAUAGGC